GAUAUUCUCGUGAUCCUGGCCAUAAAACUAAAUGUAUUUUGAUGAACGCAUUUGAAAAUUUAAAAUUGAUAAAUAUGAAAAAUACAGAUCAAAUAGACUAUUUUAUAGAUAACAUCUUUAAACGAUUUCACAUAAAGGCUGGUGUGUCAAAUCCAAAAAAAUUUUGCUUGACACACAAACAUUAUGGGAAGUCCAACGUUCCCGUGGAUACUAUCAAUACUAGCGAUAAGCAGGAUACUACCUCUCCAGGGUUGGAGUUAGAACCAAAUUCAACCUAG